AUGUUCUACUCCAAGACGAUGCUGUCCAAGAAGGGCCCGCUGGGCGCGGUGUGGGUGGCGGGCGUCCGCGGCGUCGCCGCGCUCACCAGGGACCAGGUCCUGCGCACCGACGUCGCCUCCUCCGUCGACAAGAUUUUGCCCGACGUUGAAACCACAUACAGAAUACUUGGGCUGCUUCUGCUUGGCGUUGUUAGGAUUUACUCCAAGAAGGUGGAAUACCUCUGCUAUGACAGCAAUCAGUUUUUUGAAUCAACUGUAAGAGGGAAGAAAGUUCUAAAGCGAGGGAAGAAAGGUGCUUGUGCAAGAAGAUUGGUGCUAGACCAAGAAGACACUAGAAGAGCGAAAAGAGUUGCUGUAGUUCAAGUCCCAGGAUUGGACGAACCAGCUGACCUUCCACCAAUCUUCACCGUACCCAAAAGAUUUGAGCUCGACUCUUUUGAUUUGCAGAUACCUGAAGACAGAGAGGAUGACAAUGAUGAUCAUCACCAAUUGCCUCGUCAAGAUACUUUGCUGGAAGAUGAACAUCAGCGUAUGCCAAAUUUUUACGAGUCUUAUCAGGGGAUGCCAUAUGCUGAUCUGGACUCUGCUUACGUUGUGCCAGUAUGCAUCAUCCCAGCUGAAAUGAUCAGUGUCACUGAUGAAGUCACCGAUCUUCUGUACUUGAGUAACAUAGGGGAUGAACUUGAAAAUGAAAGUCAGAAUGCUGAUCCUGCUUGCUUUACACCAGUGAAGGAUGUUCUUCCACCUGAGGCGAUGGAUAUGAUGGCUGAAGUAAGUGAGCUUCCAGAGAAAAGCAAAGAGGUGAAGAAAGCUAGAAGAGAAGUGAAUGGUGAAGAGAAUGGUGAUCCGUCUUGUUCUACCCCUUUGCCGGAGAAUCAAGAAAUGCAAAGACCUGUGAAUGCUGUGGAGAAUGUGGUGUCUGCAGAUCUUGAUGAAAAUCAUCCUGUAGUCGAAGAAUCAGAAAAUGGGUUAGCGGUAGGAAAACCGAACACAACACUAUCUGUAGAAAUUCCUGACAUCGAGGAACAAGAGUCUCUGGAACCUUCCACUCCAGAGCCCUUGCGAGAGGGAGCCUCAGAAAAAUUUGGUGUUGCAACACCUGCUCAAAAUGAGAAGCGCCAGGUUACCAGAAAAAGGAGGAGGGGGUUAUACAAUAAGAGAAAAGUUUGGGUGUUGUGGGAUGAGAAUGUUGUCCUUGAUAAUGACACGAUGAGAGAAAUUGUAGACGGGGUUGGUGUAGAGGAUCUAGUUGUCAAAAGAAGGAAGGCGCCUCACACUCGCCAUCAGAUUUGGAGGGAGUCAAGAUUUCGUUCUCUGCAGGAUACUUUCAUGGAGCCAAUUCUUCAGUGUGAUAACAUUGAGCCAAUUCUUCAAUAUUCGACUACAGUGCGCCUUAAUUCUACUACAGCCGAUGCCUCAUGCGGGGAAUCCGUUAAAGCAAAGAAGUGUCUUUCAUAUGAACCUGCUGAAUCCAACAAUCCCCACAAGGAAGCUGCAAAUGAAGAAACAGAAUGUGUCCCAGAUGAACUGACAAAUGGCAUCCAUACUCCUAUUGGGUGCUACAAUCAAAGUCAGCAAAGUCAAGAUGUUUGUGAAUGCAAUGAUGAUACACCUUAUGAAAAGAACAGCACACUAGUCAAUGGAGAGGAAUCAGGGCUGCCAGAAGAGAGAUUGUAUGAAUCAACCAGUCACAGUGCAUUGCGCAAUGAAUCGUUGACUGCUGACAUAGAUGCGGAUAUUCCUAUGGAUGAAGAGAAUGCUGCCAGAGAUGAAGAUUUCCCGCUUUCAACAAGAACUAGGGCAGUAGCAAAGUGCCUUCAUCAGCUAUUCUUGGACCAGAAGAGCCAGCAGCAAAGCAAUGUCCCCGUGACGCUCGGCCAGGCCCUCGAAGGCAGCAAGAGGAAAACCACAGCAAGAUUCUUCUAUGAAACUCUGAUCCUCAAGAGCCGCGGGUUGAUAGAUGUGAAUCAGGAGAAGCCCUAUGAGAACAUCACAAUCUCUGCGACUCCACAACUCGACGCGGUGCUGCAGAAUCCAGUGCCCCCUUCAACUUCUUAG